ACAUCGAUGAGUGUGCUGAAGGACGUCAUUACUGCCGCGAGAAUACGAUGUGUGUUAACACCCCAGGUUCUUUCAUGUGUGUCUGCAAAACUGGAUACAUCAGAAUUGAUGAUUAUUCAUGUACAGAACACGACGAGUGUAUCACAAAUCAGCACAACUGUGAUGAAAAUGCUUUAUGCUUCAAUACUGUUGGAGGACACAACUGUGUUUGCAAGCCAGGCUAUACGGGGAAUGGAACCACAUGCAAAGCAUUUUGCAAAGACGGCUGUAGGAACGGAGGAGUUUGUAUUGCUGCGAAUGUGUGUGCCUGCCCGCAAGGCUUCACCGGGCCCAGCUGUGAAACGGACAUUGACGAGUGCUCUGAUGGCUUUGUUCAGUGUGACAGUCGUGCUAACUGCAUUAACCUGCCUGGAUGGUACCACUGUGAGUGCAGAGAUGGCUACCAUGACAAUGGGAUGUUUUCACCAAGUGGAGAAUCUUGUGAAGAUAUCGAUGAGUGUGGGACCGGGAGGCAUAGCUGUGCCAAUGAUACCAUUUGCUUUAACUUGGAUGGUGGAUAUGAUUGCCGAUGUCCUCAUGGAAAGAACUGCACAGGGGACUGCAUCCAUGACGGAAAAAUUAAGCACAAUGGUCAGAUUUGGGUGUUGGAAAAUGACCGGUGCUCUGUGUGUUCAUGUCAGAAUGGAUUCGUAAUGUGUCGUCGGAUGGUCUGUGACUGCGAGAAUCCCACGGUUGAUCUUUUUUGCUGCCCUGAAUGUGACCCAAGGCUUAGCAGUCAGUGCCUCCAUCAAAAUGGGGACACCUUAUACAAUAGUGGGGACACCUGGGUCCAGGACUGCCAGCAGUGUCGCUGUUUGCAAGGGGAAGUUGACUGUUGGCCUCUGCCUUGCCCAGAAGUGGAAUGUGAAUUCAGUGUCCUCCCAGAGAACGAGUGCUGCCGGCGCUGUGUCACUGACCCUUGCCAGGCCGACACCAUUCGUAAUGACAUCACCAAAACUUGCCUGGAUGAGAUGAACGUGGUUCGCUUCACUGGGUCCUCUUGGAUCAAACACGGCACCGAGUGUACUCUCUGCCAGUGCAAGAAUGGCCACAUCUGUUGCUCAGUGGAUCCACAGUGCCUUCAGGAACUGUGAAGUUAACGUCUCACGGGAGAUUUCUGUUUAAAGAAUGUUCUUUCAUUAAAAAGACCAAAAAAAAAAAAAAAGUUAAAACUUAAGGUGGAUGAUUUGUGGGCAGCUAAGUGCAGCUUUGUUAAUAGCUGAGUGAACAUUCAAUUAUGAAAUUUGUGAAGCUUGAGAAAAUCACUAAAGGAAAAUUCUUGGGGCAAAAUGAGACCAGAAUUCUGCUUCUACUGUGUCUGACAUCACCGUGGUAGAAGAAUGGGUGUAGAAUACACACCAUGACAUCAUGACCCCUGGAUAUAAAGCCUGAGCCCAUCAGAGCUUUGAAAGCCUCUAGCUUCACUGGUGCAGAAAAUUUUUCUCUAGAUCAGAAUCUUCAUGAAUCAGUUAGGUUCCUCACUGCAAAAAAAAAUAAAAUGCAAGGCAGUGAAUGAAUUAUAUUUUCAGAAGCAAAGCAAAGAAGUUAUAACGUAUUAUGUACAGUAUACACUCCGAAAAGAAAUCUGAAACAAGUUAUUGUAAUGAUAAAAAUAAUGCACAGGCAUGGUUACUUAAUAUUUUCUAACAGGAAAAGUCAUCCCUAUUUCCUUGUUUUACUGCACUUAAUAUUAUUUGGUUGGAUUUGUUCAGUAUAAGCUCGUUCUUGUGCAAAAUUAAAUAAAUAUUUCUCUUACCUUAUAA